AUGUCCGUCGUGGCGUUUGGGGACUUGCUUCAGCUGCCGGCUGUGUCAACGUUGAAGGAAGUCGUGACGGUUGGAGAUGUAGAAAGGUCGCAGAGCUUAAGACCGGACUUCAAAAAUCUUUGGAGACGUUUAGAGAUGGAUGAAUUGACGGAGAACGUCAGAAUUUCAUGCCCAUUGGAGCAACGUGUGUUGGAGGAGGUGCGGAUGGGAAAGCAAUCCGAGAGGACAAAAGAUUUUCUCGUCAGCAGGUAUGCGAUGGUAGGAAAGCGAGCCGAAGACCUUCAUCGGGAGUUGACCAGUCUCCGAAACGGAGAUCCAGAGGGCGAGUACGUCAUCCAAACCUUCAAAAACAGUCGGGUUGAUGAAAUCAACAGCUGGAUCGCUAACAACUCGACGAGACGUGUCGAGAUCGAGUCGCUUACCGAGUGCCCAUCCUGCGCAAGGUAUGCCCGGAAUGGUCUGAAGAAGAAGUCGUUGACGCUGGUGAUUGGUGGUCGAGUGGUCAUCACCGACAACCACGGACUCGAAGACUCAACACUGGCGAAUGGUGUUUCGGGUGUUGUGUUGGCGGUCGGCCAAAACUACCUCAGUGUCCGGAGAUCACUCGUUUCCCGUACAGAAAUACUCACCGGAAAUCAGUUGGAGCUCGCGAUGGCUGAGGCGAUGCCCGUGCACAAAGGCCGGGGGGAGUACGUUCGAUGGCUCGGUGAUCGACUCGGAAGGAAUGGAGAACGACGCCUACAUGGCGCCGAGUCGGAGUCAGAGCGGACGAGGAUCGUAAGGGAUAUUUGGUACCGAGCAUUGGAAUGGGCACGUCAGGAGCUGGAGAUGAUCCGGGAGUCCACGGCACGCAAACAAGGAGGACAAUAA